CCGCCCAUGUGCUUCCCUGGUUGAUUGACCACUACCAGACAUGGCUGCUGCAGUGGGCGCUGGCGUGCCAGAAUGAUCAGCUGGCCGUGCAGAUGAUAGUGACACUUGCCGUGAGCAUCGUCGAGUGCCACUCCUUCACCGCCCACGUGGCCGAGAGAGCCGAUUUGUAUCCCUACCUACCCUUGGCCGAGAGUAGUGUGCUGGACUCCGAGUACAUGUCUCAGCCACCCACCAACGACGGCAGUCGGUCCGACGAGGAGCGAUUCUACCUACACAACGCACGCGCCACAAUAGCCCGACGGGUGACUGAGGGCAAGAAACGCUCAGGCG